AAAGUCACAACCCUUUUUUUCCUUUUCUUCAAAAAUGGAUAUAUCCCUUGAAUUAAUCGGCUAAUGGUAUAUCUGUGGAAUGAACCGAAGAUAUCUACGAGAUUGAGCCGUUCCAACCACCUUGAAUACAUUUACAGAGUUCACUCACUAUCGAUAUCGAAACCUCCUUCAGCCUCCGGCCCCCCAUCCCGUCGACAUCACAAAAUGGUCGUCAAAAUCCGUCUGGCACGCUUUGGUCGUCGACAUGCACCGAUUUACAACAUCGUCGUCGCACAUGCUCGGUAUUUUCUGCUCCCUCAGCUAUCCCCCGAUGCACUUCAUUCAGCUGAUAUUUAUAGGACUGCGCAAACGAAUAGGCCGAUAGAAGUAAUCGGCACUUAUAACCCCAUUCCAGCCCCACCGGUCGACGGCAUAGGAAAGGGCACAAAACACAUUGAAUUGGAUACUGCGCGAGCUAAAUACUGGCUAGGUGUUGGAGCGCAACCGUCGGAUCCUGUAUGGCGAUUAUUAUCCAUGGUAAGUCGCGUCGGGAGAUCAAGCCCCCAGUUUGAAGAUCGAGGAUGGGGCCUGAUGAAGUGGCAGUUUGGAUUACUGGAGCCCAAGUGGUCAGUCGCCAGGUUACAGAGCAAAGCGGGCAAGAGCGCAGUUAAACCGAAGGAGCCAAAGAAUGUGGAGGAUGUGACAAGGUCCAUCCAGGGAAAUAUCGAGAUUGGAGAGCCCGGGGCAACUGCGAAGGGAACUUGAGGUCUUUGUGAUAUACUUGGGACGAAUUGUACAAUGUUUCCGGGCUGU